AUGUCAUGUCAAGAGCGAAAUAGCCAAUUAUGUAAAUUUUGCGAGAAGGAUAAGACUACCAGCGCUCUACUUCCAACUCGGCGACCAUAUCCCGACUGUGGCAAGCUACCAAACUUCCAUCAUCUCUCUUGGAGUGCAACCCCCACCAAUGGCCGUGAGCUGGACGUUUUCCAGCCUCGAGCUCAGAUUAAGCGAUUGUUUGAGGAAAGUGAACUAGUCAGUUGGGAAAGUGAGGCUAUUAGAAAGUUUUCAGAUAAAUACAUUGUCCCCGAAAAGCUUGUGGAAGAGUAUGUUGAGCACCUUGCCCAGAUAAAAAUGCGCAAGGAGAAGAAAAAAGGGGAGACUGAAAGGGAGCCAAUGGAACGGCUGAACCGGGAGCACAAUGACAUUAACUGGGUUGGAUUCUACAACUCCGAUAAGCUGUCGUCCUUGAGGGUGGACGAGCUAUCCUUGUACUUUUCCCAUCACAAGGUCACCUUCAAAGGGACGAAAGCUGAAAAGGUCGCAAUGAUCAAAGCGCACAUUGGCAGCUUGCUGAACGAUUCAAUGGAGUGUUGA